AUGAGCUCCCGAUCUGAAAGCAUGAAUCGUUCCAGCGGUGCCGAAUCCGAUCAAGAACACGAUCAGGAUGGCGUCAAUUACACAGACCACUCGGUCGUUACCACCCGCGGUGCACCGGCACGGCGAUCCCGCCGCGAGCGGUCCGAGUAUCGAUCAUGGAAUAGGGCGAGCGACAGACCGACUACGGGAACAACAGGGUCGAAGAAUCGGUCAACCUCGAGACAUUGA